AAUCACAUCUUAGAAAGUAGGGCUUUUUGAGUUUAAUUUGAGUGCAUAGUUAAACAAGUAGCAAUGGAUUCCUGGCAGUCUCAUGAUCGACUAAGUGAGUUACCCGACUCCUUAAUUCUUGAGAUUCUCUCACUGUUGGAUACGCGGUAUGCUGUUAGAACAACAUUUCUCUCCAAACGUUGGAGAGAUCUUUGGACCAUCGUUCCCCGCUUGAAAUUUGAAUAUGAACAUCCAGAUUUUAUUUGUGGAGUUGUUGCGAAAUGGAGAGGUGUGAAGUUGGUGAGAUUCUACCUUAGUUUGGACUAUUGGAGUCCUACUAGGGAUAUUGAUCCGUGGCUGCUUUUUGCGGUCGAAAAACAAGUGGAAGAGCUGCAUGUGGGUUGGUUGUCACGUAUAUUCGAUAUCACUUACUUUCCACCUCAGUGUUUGUAUUCAUGCUCCUCCCUUACAGAAUUAGACCUUAGUUAUUGUUGGUUCAAGAUUGAGGGCACCGUACAUUGGAAUCGUCUCAAGAGUUUAUGUAUUUUUGUGAAUCACUUGGGUGAUGAUGCCAUGAACAAACUUCUCUUGGGCGCCCCUCGCUUGGAAGAGAUGUCAUUGUUUAUUUAUGAAAUUGAUGAAGACUUAUGUAUCCGAUCUAUUAGCUUGAAGAACCUCAAAAUUGAUUGUAAAGAUAGAAAGGCAAUCCUGAGAAUUUGGGCUCCUAAUCUUUUGACUCUAGAGAUUGGAGAAAAUGUUAUUGGUGGCGGUGAUUGUUUAUUUUAUGUCCCAUCUUUGACUGAAGCUUUUUUUACUUAUGUAUAUGAUCAUCAUCCGUCUUCUCCGCUUCCUCUUGAAUCGUUCUAUCAGAUUCUUCGAAGCAUCUGCCAUGUUAAGGAGGUUACAUUUUCGCAGUUGCACAUUGAGUCGCUUCUGGACAUGAAGAAGAAAGAUAAGGAUCUUCAAUUUCCGAAUGUUGAGUUUCUAAUACAAGAGUACUGGGACGCAAGCGAAUAUCAUCUUCUUGAUCUUCUUGGUCUUCUUGAAAUGUUUCCUGAGCUCAAGAUAUUCAUUUUUCAUCAACACAAGGAUUUGUAUAUUUUUAAUCCCAUCGUUGAGAUGACAUUGCCCCGUCCCUCACUGCUCCAUCUAAAUACAAUUGAGAUUACUUGGUCUGCAGAAGAUCCCUCAAUAAUUCAAUCUAUAGAGUUUCUCUUGCAAAAUGCUCCCUUUCUCCACAAGAUGGUGUUUCAUCUUGUAUAUGAUACAGAUAAUCAUGAGCUGUUUCUAAUGGUAGAAGAGAAGGUGCGAAGUUUGCCAAGAUCCUCCCCAACUGUAGAGCUCAUUAUAAUCGAACAUGUGGUCGAUGAAUCAAAGAGCUAGGUUUCUUAAUUUGUGUUGAUCUGUUAUUCUUUUUAGAUGUGUAUGUUAUGUUUUGAAGAAGCAUCCCUGCUGAUGUUGUGAGCACAAUUAGAUUUCAAUUUAUUUAUCUUUAUUUCGUU